AUGUUCCGUUCCGCCGUUGCCCGGUCGCUGCGCGCUGCCUCUACACCCGCUCGCGCUUUCAUCAGACCAUCUGGAGCCGCUUUCCAACUCCCAAGGAGCUCGCUCUCUGCCAUCCGCCCAGCCCAAUUCACACCAUGCUUCACCUGCCAGACCAUCCGAUCAUAUUCUGCCCCCGCUGGUCUAACGGAGCCUGAGAUUGAGGGUAGAAUAGUCGAUUUGUUGAAGAACUUUGACAAGAUCAACGGCAAAUCACACUUUGCGAAUGAUUUGGGACUGGACAGCUUGGAUACCGUUGAGGUUGUGAUGGCCAUUGAGGAGGAAUUCAGCAUCGAAAUCCCCGAUAAGGAAGCAGAUGCUAUCCACAGCAGUAGGUUACCUUCUUCCAUAGAGAUCGAGAUACCAGGUUCCGAAUAG